AUGGGGUACAAUCAAAUAGAUUGCUUUAAAAUACAUUUGACAAUUCUCAGAGUUCUUGGCGUUUGGCCUGAAGAAAAUCCAAGUGUUUAUUACGUAUAUUUCUCCAGAAUAUUUGUAUUCAUAUUCACCGUUUUAUACGUUAUUAUAUACACAAUGAACUUCUAUUUCUUGCCUCAACAAUUGGAAAUUUUCGCUGAAGAACUAAUAUUCUAUUUCACUAACGUCGGCGCUCUGUCUAAAGCAUUAGCGUUUAUUUUUUUGCGUGAUAAAGUGAAAAAAAUGUUAUAUAUGUUAGAAAGCGAAAUGUUUCAAACUGAUAACCCUGAAGAAGUGAAAUUAAUAGAAAAAGCCAAAGAGAAAUCUUUGUUUUAUUGGAAGAUUACGUUCGGGUUGUCUGUGUCGGCGAACACGGUGAAUGUGUUCCUACCAUUUGUUCUGCACUUAAUUUUCUCAAUUAAGUUGGAGUUUCCUGUGUGUAGAUACUCUUUUAUACCGGAGCAGUACGAAGCGAUAUUUUUGUACCCAGCGUACUUGUAUCAAAGUAUAGGGAUCACUUCUCAUAUGUUGUACAACGUAAAUAUCGAUACAUUUCUUUUGGGAGUGAUGUUUCUUGCAAUGGCUCAGUUGGAUAUUCUCGAUAGGAAAUUGAGGAAAGUGACGGAUGUUUGUGUGAAUGUCGAUGCGCCUCGGGGAUCCAUUGAUAAGAUGAUAGAUGAUCAGAAUGCUGUUUUGGAGAUCAAUAAAUGUAUCAAACAUUAUGAUGCGGUUUGCGAAUAUUGCAAGCUAAUACAAGAAGCAUUUAGUGAGAUAUUGUUCGUACUAUUCAGCUCUGGUUCUUGUAAAAUAUGCAUGUGUUUGUUUCGAUUUACAAUGCCCGCAGAAACGCAGUAUUUCGUAUUCCUAACACUUUACAUAGUAGUUAUGACUCUCCAAGUGAUGGUUCCUUGCUGGUUUGGUUCUCGUCUCAUGGAAAAGAGUAGUCAAAUAACAUUUGCGGUGUACGACUGUGACUGGACGCCAAGAUGUCGUAGAUUUAAAAGCAAUUUGCGACUGUUGGUCGAGAGAGCAAACAGACCCAUUAUCAUAAAAGGAGGCAAGAUGUUUCUACUAUCACUUGCUACGUUUACGGCGAUAAUGAAUUCUUCGUAUUCGUUCUUCGCUUUACUACGUAAUGUGCAGACUCGUUGA